AUGCAAUCUAUCGACUUUUCCACACACGGUCGUGACAUUGACUCCGUUUAUAAGAAGAUUGUCACCGGCGACGAGUCGAUUUCCUGGGCCAUCUUCUCCCCAGAUUCCUCCAAUUCUUACAAGCCGGCCGAACAAGGCUCGGGGAAUGAUGUGACGGAAUUCGUCGAAAACUUUAAUGAAAGUCGCGUGGAGUUUGGUUUAGCCAGAGUAAGUCCACCAGGCUCUGAUGUUAAGAAAUUGCUUCUUAUUGGGUGGUGUCCUGAUUCUGUCCCAAUUAGAGCCAGAUCAUCAUUUGCUCAGAAUUUUGGGACCGUGGCCAAGAUCUUACACGGGUACCAUGUCCAAGUCACUGCAAGAGAUGAAGAUGAUUUGGAUCCUCAAGAUUUGUUGAAGAAAGUUAGUGAUGCAGCCGGCGCUCGUUAUUCUAUCCAAACUAAUGGUCCUUCAAAUUUCGGUAGUUCAUCAUCGGUUAGAAAGCCAAUUUCUAGUCCAGUUUCCAAGCCAAUUGCUCCAAAACCUAUUACCCAAAAGCCAAAACCUUUUGCUGCUAGAAAGCCUGUGGUUAGCGGCUCGAUUCCUCAGGCGAAUCAGUUCAUUCCAAAACCUAUUGUUCCAAAACCAGUGGCCCCAGUUCCAACGACACCACUCUUUGGAGCUGCUGCUGGCGUCUCUUCUACUAAAGAGAAGAAAAUCAAUGAAGAUGAUGGAUGGGAUGGUGCCGAAGAAAUUGAAGAGCGUGACUUUACCAAAAAACCUUUAGAAGAAGCCAAACCUGCUUGGAAACCAAUUGGGAAAGUUGAUAUUGAUGCCAUUCGUUCUGAAUCAAAGAAGUCUGCAGAAACCACCCCAAGUGUUAGUUCCAACGAAUCUGAGCCAGUUGCUGCUCCACCAAAGAGAAGUCUUCCACCAAGAAACCUCCCACCCAGAAACCUUCCGCCAAAACAACAACCAAAGCCGGAACCAGUUGCUGAUCUUGUUUCAACCAAGAAAGAAAGUGCCGAAGAAGAAGAAGAUUUGGAUGAUGAGGAAAGAGCAUUUAGAGAAAAGAGAAAACUUUUUGAUAAUCCAGCUCCAGUGGAAGAACCUGUGGUAGCAUCCAAGCCAAAACCAAUAACAUCAAGUUUCAAACCUUCUGCCGCCUCGGGGUCUAGACCAGUUGCCAGAGUCCCAUUGCCUUCAGCUAAUGGUUUCAGUAGUAAACCAAAGUCAUCUGGAGCUUUAGAAAACGGUAAAACCCCUGCACAAAUAUGGGCUGAAAAGCGCGGAAAAUUUGAUUCUUCUUCUGCCCCUGAACCACCUGUUAGCAGUGCUGAAGUUGCCGAAGAGGAAGAACCAUCGGUUUCUGAAUUGACGAGUAAAUUCAACCAAGUCGAUGUUGAAGCAGAGGAAGAAGAAGAGGAAGAAGAAGCAACACCAAGCAUUCAACGUCCUGCCCCAGCUGCACCAAUAGCCACUGCCACUGCCACUAGAGCUGUUCCACCUCCUCCACCAGCUGGUGCAUCGACCUCUCCAACUCCUGUUCCUUUGCCUCCAAGAGAGCCAGUGGUUCAAAAAGAAGUUGAAGAAGAAUCAGAAGCUGAAGAGGAAGAAGAAGAAGAAGAAGAAAAAGAAGAAAAAGAAGCUGAACCAGAAGCUGAACAGGAAUCUGCCAGUGCUAUUGCUCAAUUUGACUAUAAAAUGCAGGAAGAAGAUGAAAUCUCACUCGAUGAUGGGGAACUUAUCGUUGAAAUUGAAUUUCUUGAUGAGGACUGGUGGAUUGGCACAAACACUAAGGGUGAAAGGGGUCAAUUCCCAGCUAACUUUGUUAAGCUUGUAGACGGUGAUUCUGCUGCUGCUUCUGCCACCGCCACUGGUACUAAUGAUGAAGAAGUCGAUGAAAAUGGAUACCCAGUCCACACUGAUAAGAAAGCAGUCGCCCUUUACAACUAUGAAGCUGAUGAAGACAACGAAUUGAGUUUCAAGGCAGGUGAUAUCAUCACUGAUGUUUACGAGUAUGAUGAAGACUGGUGGUACGGUACUUUGAAUGGUGAACGUAGCUUGUUUCCAAGCAACUACGUCGAAUUGCAAUAG